GCAUGCAGGCACGGUAGCUAAACCGAAACUCUUGUGAUACCAUGUCCAGAAAAUAGUCCGCGUCAAGUUUAAACUGCGGAGCUUUUUUUUUCUCUCGUUGUGGUUCGUCUCGUCCUCUCUGUCCCAGCAUGUUUUCUUCGGCUUGGAACUUUGUGAAACGCCACAGAAGGAAAUUCAUUUUCGCCGGAGCUGUAGUUGGAGGCGUUUACUUCCUGGGUAAAUAUGCCCAGAAGAAGAUGAGGGAGAUCCAGGAGAGGGAGGCGGCCGAGUACAUCGCCCAGGCCAGACGACAGUUCCACUUCGAGAGCAACCAGAGGACCUGCAACAUGACCGUGCUGUCCAUGCUCCCCACAUUGAGAGAAGCCAUCAUCCACCAGCUCAACUCAGAAAGCCUCACCGCUCUACUCAGGACCAAACCGGCCAACAAGCUGGAGAUCUGGGAGGACCUGAAAAUCAUCAGUUUCACCCGCAGCAUCGUGGCGGUGUACAGCACCUGCAUGCUGGUGGUUUUACUGCGAGUGCAGCUCAACAUCAUCGGUGGAUACCUCUACCUGGACAACUCUGUGGGCAAGAGCACAGCGACUCCCCUGGCUCCUCCAGACGUCCAGCAGCAGUAUCUGUCCAGCAUCCAACACCUGCUGGGAGACGGCUUGACAGAGUUGAUGACAGUGGUAAAGAGAGCGGUGCAGGACUCGUUGGGAGGGCUGUCUCUGAAGCAGAGCCUGUCCCUGCUGGAGCUGGAGCAGCAGCUGAGCUGGAUCAGGGCGGAGGUGGAGGGCUCGACCGAGCGCCCGCUGUCCUGGUACAUGAUGUCAGACGAGGAGAGCACGCUGGCCGACCAGGCAUGCGGGCUGACAGAAAACGAUGUCAUAACCAUCAAACUGUUAAACGAGACCAGAGACAUGUUGGACAGUCCAGACUUCAGCACCGUCCUCAACACCUGUCUGAACCGCGGCUUCUCUCGUCUCCUUGACAACCUGGCCGAGUUCUUCCGCCCGCCUCCCGGUGACUCCGCCCUCAGCUCCGCUCCUGAUAGUCUGUCUGCCAUCAGUCUGCCGCUGGCGAAGAUCAUCCCCAUCAUGAACGGUCAGAUCAACACCAUCUGCAGUGAGACUCCCAGCCACUUUGUGCAGGACCUGCUGAUGAUCGACCAGGUGAAGGAGUUUGCGGCGAACGUGUACGAGACCUUCAGCACACCGCAGGAGCUGCAGAAGUAAACCACCAGACGGGAGGAGAGGAGGAGGAGGAGGAGGAGGACCUGAGAGGAAGAGGAGGAGGGACACAAACCACAGAGAUUGUUAAUCCCUCCGUCCCUGCGUGUGACAGUUUUCUCCUCGACUUCCUGCUGACUUUCUCUCUCAGACGCCGAAGCGUCCGCCUCCGUCUGUGGACAGCGCCAUGUUGGAUUUGGAUUUGGGAAGCGCUUCUGGGAAGGAGGAGGGCCUGUGGUCGCUCUGAGCCAGCUGCAUCUUGGGAAGUGAAGUCUUACUGGGCCGGGGAUGAAUACACCCUGAGAGCUGGAAGUAAGAGGGACAAACUACAACUCCCAAAAAACAGUGGCAGAGAAUUACAGUCACUACCGCACAGAGAUUAUGUUGAAGCAAUGUCGGAUAUUUCUGUUGAUUUUUUUUUUCUUUUUUUCUUUUUACUAUCACUUCAUCGCAAAGAUCUCCAUGUUAACAAGUCAUUUAGUCAUUUAUUCAGUGUUAAAAUCUUGUUUUUCUUCAUACAAAGUCAAAA